AUGUUUCGGUCUUCUGCUCCUCACCCCUCUACAUUAACGCUUGUAGACCUCGAUGGGCUUACUCCUUUACCUUGUGCAGCAGCAAAAGCUGCAAAGGCUUACUCUAUUGCUGCUGCUGCUGCUGCUGCUGCCCAGCAACAGCAGCAGCAGCUGCAGCAGCAGCAGCAGCAACAGCAGCAGGGGCAAGGGACGCAGGCAGCAGCAGCAGCAGCAGCAGCAGCAUGUACAAGCUCGUUAACCUCUUUAUUGAAUACAGAAGGAGGGGCUUUAGAGGGCCUCUGCUGCACUCCUCAGUACUUACCUGCUGAAGUUGUGCGCGAGCGAAGACUGUCUCCGUUUGCUGAUCUGCAUGCAGUCGGGUGUAUCUGCUACUUGCUUAUGGAAGGCUGCUUCCCUCAUGAAAGAGUUAAUCUUAAAAGCCAGGGUAUAAUGAGCAGCGGGCAGCUCUGCCAGAAGUUAGCAAAAGAUGUGCGAUAUCCCCGCCUUAAGCAGAAGUACUCAACUCUUUGUGAGAACUUUAUGCGUAAGCUCCUCAGCAGCGAAGCAAAAUAUAGAUUUGCUACAGCAGCAGACGCGCUGCAGCACCCUUGGAUUGAGUAUGCCUUAGGUCUUCAGUCAGAAGAAGAUAAAAAUAAAGAAAGACAGCUGCUGCAGCAAGUGCUGCGAUCUGCAGAACAAGCAGCAGAAGAAGCACUCCUUGCUGCACAUAGAGCAGAGUUAGCAGCAAAAGAGCAGGCAGAAGCGGAAGCAGCAGCAGCAGCAGCUGCUGCUGCUGCUGCACAUGCUGCUGCCCUUGAAGCCGCUGCUGCACACCGAGCUGCACAGGAAGCAGCAGCAGCAGCUGCUGCAGCAGCCAAGAAAGCGCAGGCGGAGCAGAAGGCGCAGCAAGCAGCAGCAGCAGCAACAGCAGCAAAGGUAGAGAAAACAAAAGCUGAAGAAGCAGCAGAACAAGCAGCAGCAGCAGUAGUUGCGUUGGUUGAGUGCUGCGCCGGUAGCCCCUUAGCAGAAACAGAAGCAAGCAGCAACCAUCUGCAGCUGCAGCAGCUGCAGCAGCAGCAGCAGCAGCAGCAGCAAACUCCGAGAUCUGUCUCUUACAGCACAGAGAGAGAAGCAGCAGCUCUGCACGCAGCGGAAACCCCUGCAGGGCAGCAGCAGCAUCUGCUGCUGAAGACAAAUCCUGCUGCUGCUGCUGCUGCUGGAAGCAACGCGCAGCAGCAGCGCCUCAGCGUUCCACCCAUUCAAAUCCCAGGUGUACAUACACCCGUAAUAACGAGAGAAGAUUCUUUCUAUAGAGGUGCAGCGCGGUUUGUUGCUGCUGCUCGCUCUCCACGCACACCCAGAAGGCACCGCAGAGAAGCAGCGGCAGCAGCAGCAGCAACAGCAGCAGCAGCAGCUGCUGCUGCUGCAGCUGCAGCAGCAACAGGACGCAAGACGGAGGCGCAGCAGCAGGACUCCUCAGCAACAGCAGAAGCAGCAGCAACAGCAGCAGCAGCAGCAGCAGCGGAUAGAGCAGCAGAAACAGCAGAAACUGCAGCAGACUCUAAUAGAUCUUCUGCUUACUCCUCAGCCUUCGUAUUAAUGAAUGAACAGCACAGGGCGUUUGCAAAGGGCGGCGCAGUUGCUGCAGCAGCAAAACCUUCUGUCACGGGAGCCUCUAAGAGCCUAUUCGCCCAGCAGCAGCAGCAGCAGCAGCAGCAAGUACUGCAGCAGCAGCAGCAGCAGCAACAGCGACGCGUGCAAGAUCAACACCAGCUGCUGGAGCAGCAACAGCAACAUCAGAAGCAGCAGCAGCAGCAACAACAACAACCAAAGCAACAUAAACCCGUUCAAGGUGCUACUUUCCUAAGGGGCCCUGACUCAGCAGCAGCAGCACACAGCAGCAGCAGCAGCAACGCCCGCAUGCACUCUGCUGCUGCUGCUGCUGUUCAUUUUCCCGCAACGCGGCUGCAAGCAUUACCUCAUAGACAAAACAUCGGCAGCAGCAGCAGCAGCAGCAAAGCCCAGCAGCACGAGCAGCAGCAGAGGGUCCUCACAGAUGCACCGGCCAUAGAAGUCAACGGAUUUCCUCUUGAGAAUCACCAGACGCAGCAGCAGCAGCAGCAGCAGCAGCAACAGCAGCAGCAGCAGCAGCAGCAGGAGGAAGAGCAGCAGCAAGUUGAAGGUGUGCCGGGGUGGCUGGAGGGCCUCGUCGGUUUGCUGGGGGCUGUGGGGCCCCACACUCCCCGUGACGAUGCACGGUUUGGUUAG